UAAGGAAGGGUAACUUGCGUUGUGCCCACUGACAUACUUUCAUCAAAAACCUUAAUAAUAGAAAUAAAAUAAAUCAAAUUAAAUAUUUUCGAUUAAAACUAGUGUUUUAAAGUCAUUUAGUGACAAUUUCGGCUAGAAAAACGCUACAAAAAAAAGUAAAAUUUAGAGCAGCACAGAAACCGAAAAAUAAGCCAGUUAAGACGAAGUAUCCAAGCAAGCCGUGACUGUUUCACGUGCUAAUUUUUUACAACAAAUACAACAAGCGAACUGCCCCGAAAAUGUUCACCCUUUGGUACUCCGUAUUGUCAUGGAAGGAAUACAGAGAAGUAAUCCUGGACAAAGUGUCACAAAAGCUCUCCCCCUCGUGCCCUAAAACAAAGCCGAGUCAACCGACUCCUCCGCCCCCUCCGCCGCCGGUCGAGCCGCCGAAACCGCCGCGAGCAGAACCGCCGAAGCCACCACAAUCGGUCCCCAAGCCAAUACCACCCCCAUCGCCGCCGAAGGCUUCGUUACCUCCCAAAUUGGACCCUCCUGCAAAGCCUCCGCGAUCUCCUUCACCACAUCCUCUACGAACUGAAGCUUUCGAGGAUAUUGAAUAUGAAGAUGAAGAAAGCGACGAGGAAGAUGAAGAUUCGGUUGUUGAUUCGGUCCCACCUCCGAAACCGGCUGCUAAAAACGUUAACGAUUUUAUAAACGUUGAGAAAAACCAACAGCAGCGCGAUUUUGGGCCUCAAAGAAAAUCCACCAUGGUUGACGCAGCAGUUUUGGAAAAACUGGAAGCCGGUUUCAAGAAACUGGAAGCUUCUGACUCCAAGUCUCUUUUGAAGAAAUACUUAAGCAGGGAAUUGUUCGACAAGUUGAAGACCAAGAAAACUUCCUUUGGUUCCACUCUUCUUGACGUUAUCCAGUCUGGUUUGGAAAACCACGAUUCUGGUAUUGGUAUUUAUGCUCCUGACGCUGACGCUUAUUCCGUUUUCGCUGAUUUGUUCGACCCCAUCAUUGAAGAUUACCAUGGCGGUUUCAAGAAGAGUGACAAGCACCCCCCCAAGGACUGGGGUGAUGUAAACGCCUUUGGCAACUUGGACCCUGCUGGCGAAUUCGUGGUGUCUACUCGUGUCCGCUGCGGCCGUUCUUUGGAGGGCUACCCCUUCAACCCUUGCUUGACCGAAGAACAAUACAAAGAGAUGGAACAGAAAGUGUCUUCGACGUUGUCUGGUCUCGAGGGUGAACUCAAGGGUACUUUCUACCCUCUCACUGGCAUGAGCAAAGAGGUCCAGCAGAAGUUGAUCGAUGACCACUUCUUGUUCAAGGAAGGUGACCGUUUCUUGCAAGCUGCCAACGCUUGCCGCUUCUGGCCCACCGGCCGUGGCAUUUUCCACAACGACGCCAAGACCUUCUUGGUUUGGUGCAACGAAGAGGAUCACUUGAGGAUCAUUUCCAUGCAGAUGGGAGGAGAUCUUGGCCAGGUCUACCGCAGAUUGGUGACGGGUGUCAACGAUAUCGAAAAGCGUCUCCCCUUCUCGCAUAGUGACAGAUUCGGUUUCCUCACUUUCUGCCCGACCAAUCUUGGUACAACUGUUCGUGCCUCUGUUCACAUCAAAGUUCCCAAAUUGGCCGCCAACAAGGCUAAGUUAGACGAAGUCGCUGCCAAAUUCAAUUUGCAAGUUCGUGGAACUCGCGGCGAACACACCGAAGCUGAGGGUGGUGUUUAUGAUAUUUCCAAUAAGAGACGUAUGGGUCUCACUGAAUUUGAUGCUGUCAAGGAAAUGUACGACGGCAUCUCCGAAAUCAUCAAGAUGGAAAAGGAGUUGUAAACCCCGUAACAUCUGUAACAUUCUAAUCAUACGUGAUUCAUCACUUAUAAGCAAUGACAUACAUAAUUUGAGUAAGUAUAUCUUGUUUGCCAAAGGUACCAGUGAAUGCUUAUAUUGCUAAGUUAAGAUGGUGUAUGGACAUGAGUUAGUGUAUUCAGCUUUCUAGUCGACAUUGUUUUCAAAUGUGAAAAAUUCUUA